UUGGUUUCAGACGAAGACGAGCGAGCCCAAAAGAACACGUUUACGAGAUGGAUAAACCUUCACUUAGAAGAGCACAGCUCGUCCGGACGGGUUAAUGACCUAUUCGAAGACAUCAAAGAUGGUGUACUCUUAUGUCAUCUUAUUGAAGUUCUAACUGGCGAAGCCCUUCCGGUGAAAUUCGCCUGUGAAAAGAGAUGUUUCGAAGGCAAACAAGCCACUUUCAAAAAAGCCGGCAAUACAAGAGGGGCACUUCAGUUGAUGGUAUUCCAAUUCUAA